AUGGAAAUGAUUAACAUGAACUCGGACAGAUAUGCAGUGAGAGGUCCGUACCAACAUAACUGCGAUCGAUUUGAAAGUGCUGAUUUGAUGCUAGUUUGCUACUACUAUAAAACUACUAAUGAUACUGAUACUACUACUACUAUUACUAGUAAUGUUGCUAUUGUUACUGCUACUACUAGUACUAUUACUACUACUGCCACUACUAUUGCUGCUACUACUACUGCAACUACUACUGCAACUACUACAACUACUGCCACUGCUACUGCUACUGCUACAACUAUUAUUACUACUACUAGUACUACUACUGCUACUACUGUUAUUAGUAUUGCUAUUAUUUCCUUUACUAUUAUUAUUACUAGAACAAUAAUUUUACUACUACAAUAA